AUGACAAACCAGACCUACAUAACACCCGUGAGCGCACGUCAGGACUGUCACGGGCUAAGGUCCCCAGCAUUGGACUGUUCCCGGCCACCGGCCCAGCAGGUGUGCCCCGCGAACUACUCCGACAACCCUUAUACGACUGCCGUAAGUGAAGAGGCUACGCUCGCGCUUCUGCGCAAUUCUUAUUAUCAACGCCGACAGUCGGUGCUUACUCCACCCCAGGUCUCCCCCUUUGCCUACCCGGCUUCCUGCGAGCCCAACCUCCUCACGCCCAUCUCCUCCGCGAGCUCGCCUCCUAUGCAACACACGGCGAAGCUGGCCCAGCACUACACCGCAUCCCCUACCGGCUCGGGUCACCAGCAGCCCACGCCCCCGGCAACCACGCAGAUGUAUUGGGCUUCCACGUUUGACGUGAGCACAACCACUAGCCAGUCCGGCUCCCCUAUGCCCACCGGCCCCCAGGAGAGCACAGAAGAGCAAGGACAUUUCAACAUGGCGUACGUGACGGGCGAUCCCGGCCAAGACGAAAUUCCCGAGCCUCCCGCCCCAUACUUUGGCCAUUUUGGCGUCUCGGAAAGCCGGAUCCAGACAGACGAGGACUUUUACCCUGGCAUUGGCAUCCACCCCCAGAUGAUGGAGCGGCACUCUCAUCCUCAGAUCUCGCCUCCUCGCAGCAAAAUCGCCGAGGGCAAGGUCCAGAAAAAGGCCAGCAAGCCAAAGGCGAGACCCGCCGCGCGUCCAGAGCGCCUGGAGCCCAGCGACCAGAUGCAGUUCAAGCCGGAGAUCCCAGAAGAGGAGCGCUAUCUCUUGGAACUGAGAAUGAAGUUCAAGGACACCAAGGGGAAGACCAUGUGGGACCAGAUCGGAGACGCCUUUGCGGCACGCUUCGGCAAGAAGCCCGAAAAGGCGGCUCUGCAGAUGAAGCUUACGCGGGCGAAACAACGAUGGGAAGAUCUACUGCGAGAGCUCUACUUCGAAGACGAGAAGGAGAGGUACCAGCGAAUAGCGGGCAAGUUCAACGAGCGCGGGGGCGGGGCAAACCUUGGCUUCAACGCCAACAACAUUGAGUGCAAGCUCGUAGAGAUGGGCCUCGAGGAUCUUUGGCUGAACCCGGACACCAAAGCCCGCUCUCGACGCCGACCGGCGAAAGAGCGCGGCGGCAGAGGUGCCUCGGGCAGGAUCGAGUUCGAGGUCCGUCGUCAGCAGCAGCCAAUGCACUCCUUUACGACGGAAAUGACGGAUGCACAACGGGAGGAGCUGUAUCGGCAAGUCGACGACCGCACCGCGGUAGAUACUAGCAAUACGGUGACAGAAGAGAGCAGCACUGCCUACCAGCCAAGCAUGGGUGGACUACAGACGACGGCCGGGCUCCAACAUCCCGUAAAUCCAAUCAAUCAGUAUUACUCUCAACAUCCUUGUUAG